UUUUCUCUCUCGUGCUCGCGUGGCUGUCUACGAACCAAGCUCUCGAGUUUCAAACCAAGAAAAAAACAAAGUCACUCAUGAUCCAAUGCUGCUCGGGGACUCUUACUCAACCAUUUGUGCAACACAGGAAGGAAAAAACCCCACUGUUUACUUGACUUCAGAAAACUGUGAAAAUGUCUUUGACAAAUGUCAGCAAGGUGAUGUCCCCUGGACCAGGUGCUAUGAGGACAGAAUUGCAAGCUGUAGGUUAAGAAGCCGUAGGAUGAUCAACUUCAUUCAUCGGAGGGUGAGCUGGACGCAAGAGGCCGAAGAGAGUCCCACUCCCCAGCACAAGGUUCAAAUCUCAUCCUCAGCUCUCUGGAGAAGCAAAGGAGCCGAUUCUGAGGACGAAGUGCUGCUGGUUGCCACUGUGAUCAACAGCACUUAUUUCAAGCUGAGCCCUCGGCCUCGAGGGAGACAUUUCACACUAGACAGGCAGAGCACUGUUCUGGGGGGGUUGGUCCUGGUAGUGAGGGUGGGGAACCAUCCUGUCCAGAACCUCUCACAAGCCAUCAAACUAACUUUCAAACACAACAAACAGGUGGAGGAUGGGGCUUGUAUGUUUUGGCAGGAGUCCCCGCUUGAGGACGGAACAGGUUAUUGGAGCACAGUCGGCUGUGAGACCAGCGACACUGGAAGUGAAUUUGUUUGCAGCUGCAACCACCUGAGCUUCUUUGCUGUGCUUGUGAACCCCGUGCUAUCAGUGGAGGAAAGUCAUGCUGUGAACCUUAGCUACAUCACCUACAUUGGAUCAGCGCUCACUAUCUUCUUCUCUGUCAUCAGCUUGAUCAUCUAUAUAUGUCUGCAACGGCGGCGUCCCGAGAAGGCUAUCGGCGUGCAUUUGCAACUAACCGGAGCGAUGCUCUGCCUCCACCUCAGCUUCCUGCUGUGCUGCUUCUGGGUGUGGCAGCUGAACGGGAAAGAGGAGGACUGGGUUUGCCGGGGUCUGGGUCUCUUUUUGCACUGGUCCCUGCUGGCCACCUUCAGCUGGAUGGCUCUAGAGGGGUUCCACCUCUACCUUCUCCUUGUCCAAGUCUUCAACAUCUACGUCAGGAGAUACCUGCUCAAGCUCAGCCUGGUCGGAUGGGGUCUCCCUACACUGAUUGCAGUGGUUUGUGGGAUUUCAGGUGUUUACGGAAAAUACAGGCCAGAAUCAAGGGACGCCAACAAUCACAGUUCAACAGCGGAGAUAUGUUGGAUGAGCAGCCACAGGCUUUCGGUAAGCUACGUCACUAUUGUGGCCUUCCCGUGUCUGGUGAUACUGUGCAAUUCCUGCAUGCUGGGGCUUGUGGUGUUUAAGCUUUGGAGGCUGAGGACGGGCAGUCGAGGCGGCAGCUCGAAGAAGAUGAAUAGAGAAAAAUGGAUGAAGUUAUGGAGGGACUGUGCCACAGUGCUGGGCCUCAGCUUCGUGCUGGGUUUACCUUGGGGGUUAGCGAGCACCACCUACGUCUCCCUCGCGGGGAUCUACGUGUUCACGGUACUAAACUCCCUGCAGGGUGUGUUCAUGUUCCUGUGGUCCGUGGCGAUAUCCUGCAAGUCUCGAUCUGACAACAACUCCUCCACCAGAGACCCUUCCACUCAGAAAGUGAUGAUUACCAGUUUCAAUAACUGAUAUUCACAAGCGCAUUAGCGGUUAAACUAUAUUAGGUGCUUACUGGCCUUUGGACUCCUGUCAUAUGCAGUUAAAUGACACUUAAUCAUGUCAUGUAUCUUCUUUAAAUUAAGUUUGCAUCAGCAAGCAUGCAUCAUGAACAGUAACCCUUUCUAAUUAUUUAUUGUUGCGUCACUUAUGAUUCUUAUGAUUACGGUAGUAUCAGAAGUGGACUGGGUUAUCACUGGAAACAAAAAUAUUAUUAUCUCUUCCUGGAGAAUCGUGAAAGUGUUCACAUUGUGGAGUGGUAAUAUAUACUUGCACAUGUAAAUAAGAAAGUCUAUGUUUUAAAUUAAUACAUAAGAAAGAUAUGAUCAUUAACUAGAAUGGGCACUCGGUAGAGCGCAUACCUUCGCAUAUCACAAGAUUGGGCAUUGAAUUAUGAACAUUUUGGCAUUAGUUGCAUGCCAAUUGGACAAAAAUGUAUCGUGCUAUGGUAAAAAAAGAGUUUGACCUUUCCAUGACCUUGACAUUGACCUUUGACCCGAUUGAUCCCAAAAUCUAAUCAAAUGGUCCCCGGAUAAUAACCAAUCAUCCCACCAAAUUUCAGGCGAUUCAAGAACAUUUUGACCUGUUCAUGACCUUUGACCUUGACCUUUGACCCGAUCGAUCCCAAAAUCUAGUCAACUGGUCCCCGGCUAAUAAACAAUCAUCCCACCAAAUUUCAUACGAUUCGGUUCAAUACUUUUUGAGUUCUGCGAAAGAUUUUGACCUGUUCAUGACCUUUGACCUUUGACCCGAUCGAUCCCAAAAUCUAAUCAACUGGUCCCCGGAUAAUAAACAAUCAUCCCACCAAAUUUCAUGCGAUUCGGUUCAAUACUUUUUGAGAUUUGCGAAUAACACGCAUACAAAUAAAUAAAUAAAUACACGGCGAUCAAAACAUAACCUUCCGGCAUUUUCAAUGCGAAGGUAAUAAGGGAUAUUAUGAAGAAUGUAUUUGGAAAACAUAGGAGAAAGUCCCUGUAUGAGUAUUAUUAGUCUAACUGUAAUGCGGAUUGUAAGAUGUUUAUGGUUAUCCAACUAUAGGAUGACCAGGUAUGAUGGAAAUGUAUUGAUUAUGGGAGACUUAGUCAUAAAAACCGCUGGUUCAAAAGAAUAAUCAUUCUGAAACCAUCUUAUUUUGAAAAAGCCGGAAGUAGUUUCCCGAAAUCCGGAAGUGCUGUUGUAAGGUAUUUGCAAAAUUGGAUGUCUGGUAAAGUAAUAAUUCAGCCAACGACCUUCUCUCGUUCUCUCCUUUCCAACGGGAGGAUUUAUUCUCUGAUCACACAUGUAAAAUACAAGCUCGAUGUGAUUGCAAUCACAGCGGGAGUCCUUUUCAGUCAGCACAUGUCAAAACCCAAAGCGACUCUCCCUUUCCCAAAACAAAUCCGGCUCUUCAAGCACCCACAUUCCGUGACGUCGUCCUGACCUCGGAUCUGCUCGUCUGAUUCUUUCUCACAGGGGGGGGGGGGGCUCGUCCCCCUCUCUCAUUGUAACAACAUGAUGUGUGUGUGUGUGUGUUGCUUUGGGUGAGGCGGAGUGGUAACCUUCGACAGCCAGACAUGACGCGUAUCGGCACAUACUUCAGCUGCUACGUGUUGUUUAUUCUGAGGUUUGAAGGGACCUGGACAUUACAGUCCAAUUCAAUAAUUCAGAUUAAUAUUAACACUGUCAAACGAUGAGGGAAGCCUCUCCUCCGUGUAGAGAUUAUCAAAUAGCAUGCUGUGCUGCUGACGUAUUUGCAUGUUGCCUAAAUACUAAUCAAUUGGAGCCCUCUGUGGCCUUGCAACCACGUGAGCGCAUCCGGCCGCACCAUGAACGUACUGAUGAUCCUUUUUGUUAUAAUUAAAUACUUUUUAUUAUAUA